ACCACCUUGCUUGAAUAGCAUAAUUGCCACAGGACAAAUUUCAGCAAGAAUCAUGUUUUAUGUGAUAGGAUUAGGGCUCGGCGAUGCGAAAGAUAUCACUGUCAAAGGACUCGAAAUUAUCAAGAAAUGUGACCGUGUAUAUUUGGAGUCAUAUACUUCUAUUUUGACAGUACAACAAGAAGCUCUGGAAGAGUUCUACGGACGUUCCCUGAUCACAGCUGAUCGUGAAUUAGUAGAGAGUGGUGCAGAUGAGAUAUUGCCAAGGAAUGAAGAUGAAGAUGUUGCUUUCCUAGUUGUAGGAGAUCCUUUUGGCGCUACUACACAUACAGAUUUAAUUUUGCGUGCAAAGGAGAGAAAUAUAAAGGUAAAAGUCAUACACAAUUCGUCAAUUUUGACUGCAGUUGGUUGUUGUGGUUUGCAAUUGUAUUCAUAUGGAGAAACAAUUUCAAUUCCGUAUUGGACUUAUACUUGGCAGCCAGACAGUUUUUAUGAAAAGAUAGCUUCUAACAGACAAAGAGGACUACAUACAUUAUGUCUCUUGGAUAUUAAAAUCAAAGAGCCUACUUUGGAGAGUAUCUUGAAAAAAAAGAAGGAAUAUAUGCCUUCAAGAUUUAUGAGCGUCAAUGAAGCAGCUAAUCAGUUAAUAGCAAUACUCGACAAUAAGAUUCAAGAUGGCCACAAAGAUUUAGCAUUUACACAUCAGAGCUUAACAGUAGGUCUGGCACGGGUAGGCUGUGAGGACCAGCACAUUGUUGCUUGUUCUCUGCAAGAUAUGACUCAUGUAGACCUGGGACCACCGUUGCACUGCCUCAUUAUACCGGCUGAGAAACUACAUCCUCUUGAAAUCGAAUUUCUAACACAAUACACUCUUGAUAAAAGUCAAUUUAAAGAAAUGACACAAUAAAUUUUUUUAUUCAUAUAAAGAAAA